CCCUCUACUCACACAGUCACCCCUCCCCUCACUCUCAUGUAUGCUUCACCUGUGAAUGGUGGUCCUGGGACAGCCACUGCUGGAGCCCGGGUGAGCCUGGGGGCUCCUCCCACUCUGUCCCUCCCUGAGACAGCCCUCGCCACAGCUCCCGAGCCAGCCACCACGUCCCUGCAUACUUCAUCAUCACCUGUGCCACCAGAAGCCACCACAGCUUUGGGGCACAACCUGAAGACCCUCACAGUCACCUUCCCCAUCUCUACCCUCUGGUAUUCAUCAGACAGGAGCAACGGCUCAGCCACGUUCAACUCCACUGAGAGGGUCCUGCAGAGCCUGGGGAGACCCUGGUCCCAGCAGCUCCUGGCCUGAAAAGGAUGGGGAAGCCAGCAGUGUGGACGCUGUCUGCACCUACCAUCCUGACCCCGUGGGCCAC